AAGAAACUCUUAAUCCAAGGGCAAAACUCUGUAGCUGUAACUCAGGUUUCCCGUUUCUGGCUGCUGGUCUCUGCUUUCCCUUUUAUAUCGCUGCCAUUCUUCAUAGCAGUCAUUUACUUGAGAUAUAUCUAUUCUUAUUGCUGAAUUUCGUGGAUUUCCGUUUCAGUAGUUUUGCAGCAUAUCUAUUGGUUGCUCUGUCCGCAAACGAGCCACAAUCUUCUAAACCACACCAACAGUGAAGUGUGGGUGAUUGCUUGCUUUCCUUUGCUCUAAAAAUGUCAUCAUUAAGAAAUGCCAUUAGUAGACGGGCUCACAGGGAACGAGCUCAACCGUCCUCAAGGAAAAAAUUUGGGCUUCUUGAAAAACACAAGGAUUAUGUUGUCCGUGCGAAAGCAUUCCACAAAAAGGAGGAGACUUUACGGAGACUCAAGGAGAAGGCCGCAUUAAGGAAUCCUGAUGAAUUUUACUUUCAGAUGAUAAAAACAAGAACUGUUGAUGGAGUUCAUAAACCUGAGAGUCAGGCUAACAAAUACACUCAAGAAGAACUCAUGUUAAUGAAGACCCAAGACAUAGGAUAUAUAUUACAGAAAAUGCAAAGUGAAAAGAAGAAAAUUGAGAAGCUAACUGCAGUGUUGCAUUGUGUUGAUAAUCAACCAUCUAACAGACACAUUUACUAUGCUGAAGACAGGCAAGAGGCUAGAGAAUUACAUUCACAAUCCUCAGAAAGCAGAACUCCUCCCUCUUCUGAUGAUAUCCCUGAUCAUAUUAAAAGGAAGACAGCUACAUCAUACAGGGAAUUAGAGGCCAGGAAGAGUAGGGUAAAUGAGCUGGAGAAAAUAUAUAUGGAAAUGUCAUUGAAGAAGGAAUUACAGAAAAAGGGUCGGAAGCGCAAACUCCGUGAAGAUGAGUUAAUAUGUCCAACCUCCAAGCCAGUGUAUAAGUGGCGAUCAGAAAGAAAAAGGUGAAAAGGUGUUUGUAGUCAGGCGAUUUGUCAGUGAGAUUAAAGUUUGUGUUGGUGCUAACUGAUAUCAGGAGGUUCAUAACGUCUUUGAGAGAUCCAAGCUUAAAUGUUGAAGCAGCAAGCUUGUAAUAUGAAUUGUUAAUGAUAAGUUUUUCAUUGUUGAGAUAUUUUCUGUUAGGCAUAUGGCUUCAAAGAUAAUUUAUCAAAUUUGUAGUAUGUAGCGAACUCUUCACUCGUGCAUAUUGAAUGGUGAUUUGUACUGGAGUCUUAUGGGCUCAAAGCUUGUGUAUUCAAGCAUCAUUAUACUUUCUUGAUGUCGUGCUAUCA